AUGGAUGUCUAUGAAGACCGUUGGCAGGAGUUGUGGGCAAACGUGCUUUCCUCGUUUGGAUCGGCAACUGGGCAUCCACCACCUGGGCAAUUGGAAGAAGCGGACGUUGACACACUGCAUAGGUUGUUGCAGGCGGAGUUGGGCCAAGCAUGGCUGAAAAAGUUGAAGCGUGCCCAGCCAAAAACCAAGCGUACAUUGCAGGCCACGGAGCAAAGACUUAAGGCUGCAGCAGUGCGGUUGUGGUCAGAAGUUGACGCCGAGAAUGCAUUCCAUGAAGCGGACGCGUUGGAACGGCAUGGGGAUUGGGACGGCGCACGCGAGGCCUACGCCAAGGUCAUGGUGCUCAAUCCUUCGCACAAUUCGCAUUUCCUGGAUACAUCGUUGAGGUUCGCUCAGUUGCUCCAUGUGAUGGCCACAUCAGGUGGCGGAAGUGACAGAACAGAUGGGGACUCUGAUGAGUCCAAGAUGUGCGAGCAAGUUUUGCGCCAUGCCCUGGCCGGGAACAGUGGCAGCAGCGGCAGCCGAACUCAUCAUGCGAUCUUGACGAGGCUUGCCAUCCUCCUGCUCCAAAGCGCGAGGGAGGAAGAGGCCACGGCGCUCUUGAAAUCGGCCGGGUAUCAAUAUCGACUGGCAUCUUGGAUUUGGAGAUACGCUUCGGCACAGACUCCCAUCAAUGGCGAAGGGUUUCCAGGGGUGGUGUUUGACAAUGCCUUGCCGAAACGCUUUGUGCAACACCUUCAAGAAUUAUUGACGCCUGAAUCCGUGUUCUGGCGCGAACACGGGUACAACGAAGUGACGGGCAGCGGGGAGAAUGGAUACUUUAGCUAUAUUCAGCAUCUGAUGGGCCAGGAGAAGAAUACGCUGGAUGUUAUCAUUCGUCACAUUUGGGAAUUCUUGAAGGUGAAAGCCUGUUUCCCAGGACUGUCUGAAGCAACAGUCGCAGAGUGGUGGGCGCACAAGCGGCCCCAUGCUUGUGGCCAUCAGAUGCAUUACGACAGUGACAAUGAAGGAAUUGGCGGGGUGCGCAACCCGAUUUGUAGCUGUGUGCUGUAUGUCGCAGCACCAGAUGGUGUAGGUGGACCAACUCUUGUCACGGACCAGGUGCUUGGAAGGGCCUCACUGGCUAGCAGGGGAUGGUUCGUCCACCCAAGGGAGGGUCGCAUGGCAGCUUACGAUGGCAAGCAUCUUCACGGGGUAAUUCCAGGCUGCGGCACAGCUCCCGCUUCUGAGAACUCACAGCGACGGAUUACUUUCAUGGUUGCUUUCUGGCGGGAGAUUGAAGCCCGGCCUUUUGGUGCAGACGGCCUUUCUGGAAGCAGUCGUCCCGUACCUGAAUCAGCACAAGUGCUUGAGGUUGGCCAGCGAAGAUACACAUGGCAUCAAGGUUUGGCAUUGCCAAGGAAGUUCGCCACCGAUGUGGAAGGCUGUUCAGCACCGUGUGAUGUACCGUUGCCGAGCAAUGCUCCCGUUUGGGUCACCUUGAGUGGCGACGAAGUGCAAGAAGAGGUCGGGCUGCCGGACAUCGGGACAUGCUUUCAGUUUUGA